AUGAUAUUCACCAAGUCGCCCCAGACAACGCGGUGGUUGUUCACCUCGGAGACCCUUAUGGACAUGAGGACCAAAUUGAGCAAAGAAGCCAUUCAUCUUAUGGAAGAGCGCAAAAAGGAUGCAGGAGUUUCAAGUUCAUCUUCUCCUCUGUCCGUUGAACAGGAGGUGAAGUUGAUCAACUACCAUGCUGUAAGCAUCCAGCACAUGUGUCGGUCAGUGGAUGGCUUAAAGAGGCGCUCUUCAAGGGUUCAGGGGACAGCGAUUGUUUACCUUAAGAGAUUCUUCUUGAAGAGAAGCAUACUUGAGCACCAGUAUGAUCCGUUGAAGAUAGCGAUGGUGUGUUUGUAUUGUGCCUGCAAGACAGAGGAGGCGUACAUCAGCGCUCUUGAGCUGUCCAAAUUAGUAAAUGGAAUUAAGGAGAAAGAUCUGCUUGGGCUUGAGACCACUCUGCUGAAAGCUCUUGGUUUUGACAUCUUGGUGCACUUGCCAUACAAGGCGAUCGAUGGUCACAUAAUGCGCAUCACAGAUCUUGUAAAGCGCGACGCUGAGUUCCGAGACGCUAUUCAACUGGACUGGGAAUCAGUUGAAGGGGCCAUCCAAGCGAAAGCAUAUGGAGCUGCCGAUGCUUUGAUGCUGUCAGAUGCACCUCUGCUUUUCCUGCCUGGCCUGCUGGCCUUGGCAGCAGUGAGGUCGGCCUUCAGAGCGGAGCACGGCUCCUUUGAUGCAUACCUGCUGAAGGUGGCAGAGUCAGCUGCUGAGCAGCACCAAAUGGAGGAGGGCAGCACAUCAAGCACGGGAGACAUUGUGGAGACGCUCACCAACAUUGAUAAGUAUGGCAAGGAAGGCGCCAAAAAGGUGGCAAAAAAAGUGGUCACGGAGAUAGACAAACAGCUCAAGGAGUGGCAAGAGCUGUCAAAGUCCAGAAAGACUAGCAAACGGAAAGCCGAUCGUGACGACAGUGAAUUGGGUAGGACAGCUCACAAGAAGAAACCUGAUGAGCCCAAAUAG